AGCAAUGGUUAAUGAGUCUAUGAUUGUUAAACUCAGCAAUUAAACUCAAUCAGCUUUCCAGUCAUUUAAAUUAGACAUAUUCAAGUUCCUUUGUCUCUAUUCACAUCUUUUAAUCACAUAAAUCCUUAAUUCUUGCUUAACCUUUCCCUACACCUUUCUGUACCUUUUUUACUGUCUAUUUUGUAAUCCCUUUCUUUUAUACUUUCUUCUGGUUAUCUUUUUUUUCUCUUUCUCUAAAAACCCCUUUCUUUUGUCUUUCAUUGAACCCCUUUCUUUUUUUCUCUCACUUUCAACCAACGUCUUGCGGGAAACACUCACUUUAGUCUCUUCUCAGCAUAAAUUAUCACCGAUAUAAGUAUCUGUGUAUUGUUUUUUUUGAUUGUUUUUUUGUUACAUCAUCAUUACCCUUAAUUAAUAUUCAUUAUUAAUUAGACUAUUGACAUUAUUGUUCAUUAAUUGUGCUAUUUUAUUGCUGUUAUUUGUUGUUUACUGGAAAUAUUUAAAUUAAUAGUUAUUAACCGAAAAUCUGUAUCGUUUGGUAGCGCCUUUUGUUUCUCAUUGUGUUAAGCUUUUUGUCUGUUGGCUUUCACCAGUGUGUACUGUUGUUUAAUCAAAAAAGCCAUCAACUUGUGUCAAACAGUUAAAUAAUCAACCUUCAAUAUACAUGCUAACCAUUAUUAGUGACAAAUUAAUUACCUUACCGGGGUUACAAAAAUGUGGAUCACAACACCCUCAACCUUUUUAACAUUUCAUAGUCCCAUAAUCCGCAAUAAAACUAUUGAAGAGUGCCUUGCUGUUCGAGACUAUUUAACCCACGAAGCGAGAUGCGACUUUGUUCAAAAUAAUCAUGAUUGUAAUACAACAUUGUCAUUAAUUGAUUACAAUCAAUUCCUAUUUUGUGGCUUUGAACCUGAAAAGAUUGCCUAUGGAGUUAUUAUUUGUAUUACAUGGGCUCUUAUACUAUUUUUGGCCUUAGCUGUAACUGCCACUGAUUUCUUGUGUCCCGCUCUGUUUAUGAUAUCCAAAAUUUUGGGACUAUCUCAAGAUGUGGCUGGAGUUACAUUAGUAGCAUUUGGUAAUGGAUCGGUUGAUAUUUUUGCUGCUAUCACUGGAAUGAGACAGGGUCGACCUGAUUUAGUUAUUGGUGAUCUUUUAGGUGGUGGCAUGUUUGUCUUACUUUUUGUCAUUGGAACUUUAUUCUCGAUAAAACCUUUUAAAUUGCUGGCAAUACCAUUUAUACGAGAUUUAAUUUUUUACUUCAUCGGAGUCUCGUGGAUAUUUUAUCUGUUCAUUGGGAUCAAAUGUGUUCGCAUCUAUGAUGCUGUAGGACUUCUAAUUCUUUACUGUGUUUACGUGUUAACUGUGAUUAUAAUUGGUAAAUUUGAUAAAUCGCCGAGUGGUCUUGGGUUCGGGCAUGGCCAUGGCGGCGGUGAUUCAGAUGAAGAAGGGAUUACAUUUGAAGGAAUCACUCCUGACAUUGAUCCAAAUGAAAAUAUGGUUGUAAUGAAGGGUUUUGUUAUGAUCAGUGAUAAACCUCUUCCUCCUCCGCCACCCAGGAAUGAAACUUAUCCAACUAUAUUGAAAACAUCAAAUUUACCUGCCAUCAUCCCGAUAAUCAAGAUCAAUAAUGAGGAUAGUAAAAGUGAGCUUUCGGUUGGUGAAACUCAAAUGAGGAAAAAGUCACCUAGUCGCGUUUCAAUAUUUGAAGAUAAUUCGGUUUACGAUACGAUUUCAAGUGUUGACAAUGUUUAUGUAAACCGAGGCGCACGUAGAUCCCGAGCAUCAAGUAUCUUUUCAAUCAGUCAAACUCAAAUGCUACAAAUUCGUCGAGCAUCACGAGAAUUCUUGGAAAGGAUAACACCAAUCGAUGUUAUGACAUGGAAAAGACAAAACUGGGGUUUCAGAACUCUUGAAAUAAUCAAGUCACCAAUCAGAUUAUUUCUAUUGUUGACAACGCCAAUGGCUGAUGUCGAAGAAAAAGGUGAAUGGAACAAACUAUUGAGCGCUUUACAUUGCGUUACUGGUCCUCUUUUUGUAGUUUUUGCUCUUGGCUAUGGUGGUACUUGGCUUGGUAAAUAUGUCCCUCUUGCUUUUGUGGUAUUUGUAGUCGCAGCUCUUCUUGCUGUCGUUUUAAUUUGUAAAUCACAUUUUGAAACGGCACCUCGUUAUUAUAAAAAUUAUUCAGCUGUUUUAGCAUUUAUUGUUGGAGUAACGUGGAUUUAUACGAUUGCCAAUGAAUGUGUUUCCAUUAUUAGAACUUUAGGUGUAGCUUUUGGUAUAUCUGAGAUUGCUGUCGGAAUGACAUUACUGGCUGUUGGAAAUUGUUUCCUUGAUUUCGUGGCUAAUAUUGCCAUCGCCAAACGAGGCUAUCCACGAAUGGCUGUUAGUGCAUGUAUUGGCGCUCCUUUACUAUCACUUCUAAUUGGUGUCGGAAUCCCAACUACAUUAAAAAUCGCUCCUGACCCAUCAUCUGUUAUUCCGCUUGAACCAUCGGUAUUGAUUGUGGUUACAUAUGCAGCUCUCGGAGCAACAAUCUGGUUAACUAUUAUUGUAACCAUUAUAUUGAAAUUUCGAGCAACUCGUUCAUACGGAAUCUUUUUGGUGGUCCUGUAUGUUGUAUUAAUCAUCUUUGUAUUUCUUGUUGAAAAGAAAGUUGUACAAAUCCCUUUAUUUGAAUAGCUUGAAAACAUUAACUCAACCAUCAUCUGAAAUUCAAUGAAAAAUAUGAGCUCACUUUUCAACAAUAAUCUACUAGAUCAUAUCUUGGCCAGAGUUGAAAGGGUGAAUUCACAAGUUAAAAUAGGUGCAAAUUGUAUUUCUUUAUCCGUUAAUAUUUCGCAGAAUCAAGCAAAAAAAUUGUAAACAUUAAUAUUUAUAAUUAUUUUGAAUUGUUGACCUGGACACAAACAAACAAGCCUGAUAUGACAGUUGGAAAACUGGACUCAUCUAAAAUCCUAAAUCAUCAUAUUCACCUUAUUGACCAAUUAAUGUUGUUAAAUUUUUCUGUAAUUAUUAGCAUCAUAUGCAAACAAAAUCAUUUAUACAUAAUAAAAUUUAGAAAUUGAAAAUCAUUCAA